AUGUGGCCUGCGUCGCCCAACAAUCACGAAGCUGACGUUCUGCACAGUGCCCCUUAUAUGAUGAACCAGCCCGGCUACUACUUCCACGAAGGCACAGCUAUCCAAUCACAUGGUGCAACCAUUAACUCCAACCCACCUUCGAUGAUCAGUCCUGAGCCAACCUACUCUUCACCAGAAUCUGCGGCCACCUCUACCGCAGAUACAGAUCCUCCGAUUCGACAUGCGACAUCACGUCCGCGACCACAAUGCUGGGACCAUGGCUGCAAUGGCCGUGAGUUCUCCACAUUCAGCAAUCUGCUUCGGCACCAGCGUGAAAGAUCGGGUGUAGUGGCCAAAGCUGAAUGUCCGGUAUGUGGUGCGGUAUUCACUCGCACGACAGCUCGCAAUAUCCAUGUUGCUCAAGGGAAAUGCAGAACCGAAGGCAGAGAAUCAUCUACCGAGUAG